CCGCCGCUUCCGGGCGCGGAGCGGAGCGUGGCCAUGCCGCUGCUGGCGGGGCCGCCCGGGGGGGCGGCGGCGGUGGGGCCCGUGAGCCUGCGGGAGCUGCUGCUGAGUGCCACGGCGGCUGCCGAGGGGGGCGGCGCGGCGGCCGGCGGCGAUGAGGAGGUUUGCGUCGUGGGCAUCUUCGGGAAGACGGCCCUGCAGCUGUGUUCCGAGAAGGCGGCCCUGGUGAGCACCGUCUGCGACCGGCAGGUCUUCCCUCUCUUCGAGCAAGAGGACCCUGAGCUGGCCGACGGCUCCUCGGGGCAAGACAGCGACCCGACGACCAAAGACUACAACCAUCUGCAGGCCUACUACUGCCAAGAGAGCCGAGUACUGUACCUGGUGCUCACCUCCAUCUGCGACACGCCGCAGCUGCUGCGGGCCUGCGGGGACCUGGCGGCGGCCGAGAGCAGGGAGAGCGGGCCCGGCCACCCUUCCGGCGGCCCGGCCCCACUGCCUCACGCCGAGGCCCACGAGUUCUGGAAGCACCAGGAGAAACUGCACUGCCUGAGCCUCCUUUACCUCUUCUCUGUCUGUCACAUCCUGCUGCUAGUGCACCCUACCUGCUCCUUCGAUAUCACGUAUGACCGAGUCUUCAGGGCGCUGGAUGGGCUGCGACAAAAGGUCCUGCCCUCCCUUAAGGCUGCCAUCAAAGACUGUCCUGUAGGCAAGGAGUGGAAGCUCAACUGCAGGCCAUGCCCUCCACGCCUGCUCUUCCUCUUUCAGCUUAACGGGGCCCUGAAGGUGGAUCCUCCUCCAAGCAGGGGCCAUGAUGCCUGCGGUCACCUGGAAAAGCCACCCCCCAAGAAGCACUCCCCCAAGAGGAGGUUGCAGCAUGCUCUGGAGGACCAGAUCUACCGCAUCUUCCGGAAGAGCAGGGUGUUAACGAACCAAAGCAUCAACUGUCUGUUUACUGUGCCUGCUAACCAGGCUUUCGUGUACAUAGUGGCUGGUGGGGCCCAGGAUGGAGAUGAUCCAGUAGCCAUGCUUCUUGACCAACUCAGAAGCAACUGCAUCAUGAGAGAGACUGACUCACUGCUGGCUCCCACCCUGUCGGGUCCCAGGAGGUAUCAGAUGAUGCGGCAUGGUAGGCAGCAGCUAUCCUUCCAUGCAGAGAGCAGCAGCAGCAGCUCCAGCUCUUCUGGGCAGCUUGUGGACUGCACCCUCAAGGAGUUCUUGUGGCAGCACGUAGAGCUGGUGCUCAGCAAAAAGGGCUUUGAUGACAGUGUGGGGAGGAACCCACAGCCCUCUCACUUUGAGCUCCCAACCUACCAGAAGUGGGUUGCUGCAGCUUUAAAACUGUAUGAAGUGACCAUUGAAGGUAAAGACGAUGAUCCAACCUCCCUCACUGGUGAACUCAGCUCAAAAAUCAUGGGCAGCAUUAAAGUCUUGGAAGGCUAUUUAGAUAUAGACACCAAGUUCUCGGAAAACCGUUGCCAGAAAGCACUCCCCAUGGCCCACAGCGCCUAUCAGUCCAACCUGCCUCACAACUACACCAUGACUGUCCAUAAGAACCAGCUGGCACAGGCCCUGCGCGUGUACAGCCAGCACGCCCGCGGCCCAGCCUUCCACAAGUAUGCCAUGCAGCUUAACGAGGACUGCUACAAGUUCUGGAGCAAUGGGCACCAGCUCUGCGAAGAGCGGAGUUUGACCGACCAGCACUGCGUGCAUAAGUUUCAUCUGCUCCCCAAAGCAGGAGAAAAGCCAGAAGCCGACAGAAAUCCUCCAAUUCUCUACCACAACAGCAGGGCUCGUUCCACUGGUGCUUGUAACUGUGGAAGGAAACAAGCUCCUCGUGAUGACCCAUUUGAUAUCAAAGCAGCUAAUUAUGACUUCUACCAGCUGCUGGAAGAAAAGUGCUGUGGGAAGCUGGAGCACAUCAACUUUCCCAUAUUUCAGCCAAGCACGCCUGAUCCAGCGCCUGCUCGGGAUGAGUCUUCUCCUGCCCCUUUGGAAGGCGAGAUUGAGAAACUUAAAGAGAAAGAACCUCAGACUCAGGGAGAAAGCACAGGCCUGAGCUUAGCUCUCAGCCUGGGUCAGUCCACAGGCAGCUUGGGCACUUACCCACCUGAUGCCCAGGGUGGAGGGGACAAUGCAGAGAGUCAUGGGCAGAGUGGGGACUCCAAAGGUGAGAAAAGGCCAAGCCUGGUAGAUCGCCAGGCGUCCACUGUUGAGUACCUGCCUGGGAUGCUCCAUUCAAAUUGCCCCAAAGGCCUUUUGCCCAAAUUCUCCAGUUGGUCACUGGUUAAGCUGGGGCCUGCUAAGGCUUAUAACUUCCACACAGGCUUAGAUCAACAAGGCUUUAUCCCAGGAACAAACUAUUUAAUGCCUUGGGACAUUGUCAUCAGGACAAGAACUGAAGAUGAAGGAGACUUGGAUACCAAUUCGUGGCCUGCACCCAAUAAGGCUGUUCCUGGGAAAAGAAGUGCGGUUGUGAUGGGAAGAGGAAGACGGAGAGAUGACAUAGCUCGAGCUUUUGUAGGAUUUGAGUAUGAAGAUGCACGUGGUAGGAGGUUCAUGUGUUCAGGGCCUGAUAAGGUCAUGAAAGUGAUGGGAGGGGGGCCAAAGGAAUCUGCCAUCAAAGCCCUCAACUCUGACAUGCCACUGUACAUCCUGUCAUCGACGCAGGGACGAGGACUGAAGCCACAUUAUGCUCAGUUCAUGAGACUCUUUGUGGUGGUUCCUGAUGCUCCGCUGCAGAUCACAUUAACACCUCAGGUGCAACCAGGGCCACCACCUUGUCCUGUAUUCUACCCUGAGAAGCAGGAAAUAACCCUUCCAUCCGAUGGACUGUGGGUGCUUAGGUUUCCCUACGCGUACGUGACAGAACGUGGACCCUGCUUUCCUCCCAAAGAAAGCCAACAGUUAAUGAGUUACAAAGUUCUCAGAGGAAUACUGAAAGCAAUUACACAAUAAGGAUUAUUCUGGUAGAUACGGUUUAGGCUUUUUAAAAGGUUAUCCUCAAUCCCAAUAAUGUAUUUUGAUUGGAGUUUGUUACUCGGCAGCUAUCACUGCAAUCGAGCGAAGCCCACUGCAUUUCAGUGGAACAGUCAGAUGGAAAAUCAGCUCUGAUAUCCAAGCAUGGAAAGGAAUCUGAGAUGUGUGCAUUUUCAGUUUAUUAAAUUUUCAUAUGUACAAAAUAAAAGCUGUUUUUUGCAGUGGCCAGAGCCUGCACUGCUAGAGGGUUUGAUGACAGCACUCUUCCCCAUCCCAUCUUUCUAUGUACAUAUUUAUGAAUAUGAAAAACUAGCAUUGCCUGCAAUCAGGUCUCCUUUGUCAUAUUGAGGCAAUGAUGGGAAGAAUCUUUUCUCCUAUUGCAAAGCUGUUUGUGUGCAAACAAUAAAUGUUUCUAAUCUGAUGAAGUGAGAAAUUGUUCAGAUUUUGAUCCUGACUUCCAAAAAAACCCCAACAAAAUAUUGCAGUUCUGAUUUGUAUUACUACCACAACCAAACCCUGCUUGCCUGUAUCCAGUUGAGGUAUUUCACUGUAUUUAUAGACCACAUUUAGUUAUUUUUGUGUUUUGGAAUGCCAAAUGUCUUUGGGACCUGAGCCUGCUGGUCAAUGCACAGCUGUAUGAGCUUGUUUUAUUGUAAGCAGAUGAAGGUUACGGUUACUUGUGAGUGUAGCUUGGCUUGUAGUGAUUAAAUAGAUUUUUUUGUUGUUGCUAAAAGGACUGUUUUAGCCCAGUUUGAAUCUCAUGUCGAGGGUGUUUGGGUAAUUGUACUACACAACUUAAAAGAUGUGCUACUCGAUGUGCCGAGAGGUAGUUUAAAUCCUGUGAGCUUCACACGUGGCCACGGGCGCCAAAAAAUUAGUCACAGUAAAUCAACUUCUGCCUUUUGCUGGAAGGUAGGAUAGAGUAGUGGGCUGACUGCUGAGACCUAAUUUGGCUUCUGGAAUAUUUGUUUUUAAUGAGCUUGCAUGCAAAAUUUAAUUUGCCAGUUUGCUGUAAUACAGGAAUUAUACCGCAUGGACCGGAGUUGGGCUUGGUUUGUGUUCGGUGUAGGAGCUCCCUCAUCAGCUGGGUGCGGAAAACACUUCCCUCGGUGUGCGAGGAAGACAGCAUCUCCCUCUGCACGCCCUAAUGAAUUUACAUUUACCCAAGCACUUAAGAGAUUCUCCAGCGCAGUCAAUAGAAUGAAAUGCACUACAGAGAACAGUUGUCUGUCAGAGCCGCGGCUGUGCUGCCGGCACUGGGGAAAGCGAAACGGGAAAUUAAAGCUUGUCAUUGGAAA